GAUAUCAUUACUGUAACAACGGCACAUUCAGAUGAACAAAUUCUUAAUUCUGAGAGAGGAACUAUACCUCUUUCACAUUUCACGAAACUAUUUGAAGAUUUCCUUCUGCUGCUCUCAGGACUCGGUGCAUAAAAAAACAUCAGUAAUCAUGUCUGUCGUAUGCUCAUCACAGAGUUUGCCUAUUUUCCUGUUCCUCAUUGCAGUGAGUUUCGUUCAUGGUGUUGCUGAAUUAAAAGAGCUUUGCGACCCAGACCCUGUAUUAUGUAAGAACAUCACUCUAUCUGGAGGGAGAUCGAUUCAACUCAUUCCAAGAUUAGCAUCAACAUCAAACGAUCCUGAACCAGUUCUGGUAAAACUCCCAUCUUGGCGCCAUUUUGUCUGUGUUUUACCGAAAAGAAAUGAGAAUCCUACGGAUACAUCACCACCACUAGAAACUCUCGAUGGAGGAAGUUCGACAACCUCGCCAGAAAUUUCAUCCAGUGGAUCAACUGAAGCUUCGUCAGAACAAGCAAUGUCAGGCUCAGUAACUACUCCAUCAGAACCUACGACCAAUGAUACUCCCAUGGAUGCAUCACCGCCCCAAGAAACUCCUGGUGGAGGAAGUUCGACAACUUCACCAGAACUUUCUUCCAGUGGAUCAACUGAAGCUUCGUCAGAACAAGCAAUGACCCCAAUGACAGGCUCUUCAACUACUCCAUCAGAACCUACGACCAAUGAUACUCCCAUGGAUGCAUCACCACCCCAAGAAACUCCUGGUGGAGGAAGUUCGACAACUUCACCAGAACUUUCUUCCAGUGGAUCAACUGAAGCUUCGUCAGAACAAGCAAUGACCCCAAUGACAGGCUCUUCAACUACUCCAUCAGAACAUACGACAGACGAUGCAGCGACAACUUUGUCACACCCUACAACAAUUCCUUCUACGGAGGCUUUACCUGAAACCACAACAAAAGGAACUUCAGGUGUGAAUUCGUGUAAGACGCUCUAUUCAAUGGGGCAUCAAACAAGUGGUGUCUAUGCCAUCUCUCCUAGCGGUGUGGGACUGACCGAUGUCUACUGCGAUAUGACCACCGAUAGCGGAGGGUGGACAAUCUUCCAGAAACGUUAUGACGGAUCUGUGGAUUUUUACCGCAAUUAUACCGAGUAUGUUCGUGGAUUUGGUGACGUCGAGGGCGAAUACUGGUUGGGAUUAGACCAACUCUACUUACUUGCUAAAGAUGGAGUCGAACUCAGAAUCGAUAUGGUUGAUUACGAUAACAAUCCAUUCUACGCUCAUUAUGGCAGUUUUAGCAUUGGAAGUACCAACACCAACUACCGAAUCGGGUUUUCAUCAUAUACCGGUACUGCAGAAGAAGGGCUAGAUGCAGCCAACGGACAAGCCUUCUUAACUUAUGACAAUGACCAUGAUGAUUGUGCUUUUCUGUACAGAGGGGCGUGGUGGUAUAACGACGUAUACUGUGAUACCACAGCCAACUUGAAUGGGGAUCACGGACUCCAAUAUGGUUUUACAGGGAUUUUUUGGGAUUUCCCUAACUCAAAAUACAUGAGAGCUACAGAAAUGAAGUUAAGAUGAUCGGAUUGAUCCAUGUUGUUGUCAUUCCUUUCUACCUAAUUUUUGAAGUUCUUAUACAUAGUUAUUUUAAAGCACAAUGUAGUCCAAGUGAUUGUGUAUAUUAGAGAAUCACUUGAAAAACAGGAAUAAGCAAUUUAAACAUAUUUCAUGUAAUGAUCUAUAUCUAUAAUGGAUUUCAUGUCAACAUGGUAACACGAACAUGGGCCUCAUGUUUCGGAGGGGGGGGGAUGGGCUGCUCACGUAUAAUGGUAGAACCGGUACGUGGCUCUUAAGACCCCUUUUCACUCAUUGACCAACCCGUUCUCCCUCGCUCAUUCAUGUCCUAACUAAGCCCUUUAUUUUAUUCGUCAGUUCUCGAUGACCACAUUUCAUUGUAAAUUCCACCCACCCCCCCCCCCAAAAAAAAAAUGCAGAACUUCAGUUCUUAUGAGUAUGGCAUCUGAUUUUCUGGCCAAACAUCCGUAUCCUUUCCAAUCCGAGUGGGGGGGGGGGUGCCUCUCACUGAAAACCAGUCCAGAAUGAUAGUCCUUUCUCAAGAGCUUUCAAGACACUGGACCCUGGUUCAUUUCACACCUUAAGGGCGCCACCUAUUGCUGUUCUUUACCAGGAAACGAAACAAAACUGUUUAUUCAUAUUUAUUUAUCAAAACCUAAUAGACAAUCAUUAUUCGGAGUUGUUAAAACUCAUAUUAGUGAAAAGUGCGUAAGUUUCAAUAUUUUACAUCAAAUCCAGACAAUAACAGACUGUCAUGAAAAUAGCAUUUUUCUCGUGACAAUUUUAUUUCCACUCUACAAAAUCCCAGCCAUGGCGUAAUUUCUUUCAGCAAGAAAUUUAUCCACAUUGUGCUGCACUCAACCCAGGUGAGGUGAAUGGGUACCCGGUAGGAAGAAAUUCCUUGAAUGCUUGAGCAGCCCAGCUAAAGCCAGGGUAAUAAUAAUAGCAGGGCCUGCUGGGAGAACAGUUUUCAGAACUGAAGUGGCUUCCCUGUGUAAAUAUACCUAUAUAACUAUAUUAUUAUAAAAUACGUACCUUUUAAAUUUAUCUUUGAUACAACCGAUGUAGAAGAAGCUUGGCUAUUAUAGUAUGACGUAUAAAUUUAUAUGUCUCUCUCUCUCACUUACACACUCUCCCCUGCAUUAUUUUCUAUUAUUCAUGCCAUGUAAGUAGACUUAAGUUCUUGACGAAAUACUGUUAUCUUUUUGUUUAUCUGCUUAUAUUCCUCAAAUUGUAUAUUUGUUUUGCAUAACCUUGUAUUUUUGUUUUUAACAAAAUAUUGGCGAAUGCUAGUGAUGCUCUAAUAAUAAAUUCAGUUCAAUUCAUGUUAGCAGUAAACAAACAUACUCCAAGGAAGAAAAAAACGAGCUCGGUCUAAAGUCUGUCCUUGGAUGUACGACGAGUUAAUUAGUGAGAUGAAUAGACGAAAUAAGUUUCAUAAAAUGAUAUUAAAGUAUAAUUGCUCAGAAUAAACUGACAAUGGACAAAACAUCGAGAAUUAUCGUUUACCCUUUCAAGCCACUUUAAAUUUUAAUGUGGAAGUGUGUGGACAUUUGUAAAAUGUUGAUUUAUAACUUGUCAAAUUUUGAGGAUUUUCACAUUUUUGAACUGUCUGACUGUUAUUAUACCAUAUUUCACCCAAUUUCUGGAUAUAUUAAUGUUUUGAUAUAUAUUUCUUCAUGUGUUAAUUUAAUAUCCACAUUUUGUGAUCAAAUAAAAUUGGAAAUAUUCGCAAUUAUCUAUUUUCAACAAAACUCACUUUUCAGUUUUCCCAUGAACAGAUGAAACUGGCGACAUCACGGGUCGCCAACAAAGGCUACAUUGCACCUGUGUAUUCUUUUGUACUUCUUUAUGAAUCGAAAGCUACAUGAAUAAAUUUGCAUUUCGUUGACACUCCAUCUUUUUUACCUCGAUG